AUGGAUGAUUACCGUCAACGAAAAGAGUCCUUUGUGAGUAAUCUAAAUGGCACCACUCUUUACGAAACGGGUGCGAUGAUGAUCAAUAUAUGUACAACAUAUUUUCUAUAUCAAAUAUUGCAAUCUUCCUUUUCCAAAUCACGAACGUGGAAUUACUUUUCGGAAUACAUCAUCGUUGUCAUUCCCUUGAUAUUCGCUACUACCGCUUUGUCCUCAUUCAAUCAUCUGUUACAUUUCAUUCUAUGCGGUAUCUCAUUACUUAUCUACCUCAUUAGAAAUCCUUCGUCAAGUUCUGAACGGCAAUCGAGCCAUCCAAACUCGUCCUAUUCUCGAAUACUCGAAGUCUUUCGCGGUCAGAUGUUCAUUGUAACUUGUAUAUGCAUACUUGCCGUUGAUUUUCCUAUCUUCCCUCGACGUUAUGCAAAAACGGAGAAUUAUGGGUAUUCAACUAUGGAUUUAGGUGUGGGGUUAUUCGCAAUGGCGCACGGAAUGGUCAGUUCUGAAGCUCGAGAUAAACAGACGAAAAUUAAAGAUCUUUUCUUGGAAAAUUUCAUUCUUCUACUCUUGGGAGUUAUCCGUUUACUUUCUAUAAAAUAUUUUUCAUAUGUUGAACAUGUCAGUGAAUAUGGUGUUCAUUGGAACUUCUUUCUGACAUUAUGUUUUAUGAAACUAUUUGCAAGUUGUUUGUUAUUCAUCACAAAAAAUGUGCCUUUAUCGAUUGCUGUCAGUUUAGUCUUUCAUCAAAUGUUUUUAUUGCACUAUUUACAAUUUGAUACUUAUUUAAUCAAUUCAAAUCAAACAAGAAUAGGAUUUAUCGAAGCGAAUCGUGAAGGAAUCUUUUCGUUAAGUGGAUAUGUGUGUUUGUACCUAAUUGGUGUCUAUAUGGGAAAAUAUGUGAUUAGGAACGAACGUGAACAAUGCUUUAAAAACAUUAUUUUCAAAUUCACCAUUGCGUCAGUUAUUUUAUGUGCGAUUAGUUACAAUUCGUCAAGAAAAUUAUGCAAUUUUGGUUAUAUAACGAGUACAACAGGUUUAGCGUGUAUGACAUUAGCAGGUUUUGGUGUUACUCAAUGGUUACUAGUGAGAAAAGGUUAUUCAACCGAAUCAGCAUUACUGAAGAGUGUUAAUCAAAAGGGACUAGAUGUCUUUCUACUGGGUAAUGUUUUAACCGGCAUGAUCAAUUUGAACAUAAACACAAUCGAUACGCCAGACUUUCUCGCGUUGUCUAUUCUCAUAAUUUAUACAAUCAUCAUUACUUCAUCGGCAUACUUCUUACCGUCGAUAAUUAAAUUACUUAUGAAAUACGUGAAUUUAUCUAAACAUUAA